GCCAAGCUCCCCUUUUCUUGAGUUUCCGUCCAUUUCAGUUCCUCGUCACUGGCUCCAUCCUCUUAACCAGGACAACAUGGCGACCGCAGCGAGCCGCUACUACACCGAAGACGGCAGGGCCACCAAGCGACAGAAGACCGACGGCAUGGCCACGGGAUAUGAAGAUCCCCAUAAGACCCUUCCCUCUGUGGUGGUGCACGUCCGGGGGCUGGUCGAUGGCGUUACGGAAGCCGACCUCGUGGAGGCGUUGCAGGAAUUUGGAGCUAUCAGCUAUGUAGUGGUGAUGCCCAAGAAGCGUCAGGCCCUGGUGGAGUACGAGGACAUGAAUGGAGCGUCCACAGCCGUAACCUACGCAGCAGACAACCAGGUUUACAUCGCAGGACACCCGGCCUUUAUCAACUACUCCACCAGCCAGAAGAUCUCCAGGCCGGGAGACUCUGACGACUCCCGAAGUGUGAACAAUGUUCUUCUGCUCACCAUCAUGAACCCGAUCUACCCCAUCACCACGGACGUUCUCUACACCAUCUGCAACAACUGUGGGCCCGUCCAGAGAAUUGUCAUCUUCCGAAAGAACGGGGUCCAGGCAAUGGUUGAAUUCGACUCUGUGCAAAGUGCCCAAAGAGCCAAGGCAUCACUCAACGGUGCCGACAUCUACUCCGGCUGCUGCACGCUGAAGAUCGAGUACGCUAAGCCCACUCGCCUGAAUGUGUUCAAGAAUGACCAGGACACCUGGGACUACACAAACCCCAACCUCGGAGGCCCAGAUGGCGAUGCAGAUGGCAAUGGGAGCAGUACAGAGGAUGUUGUUGCCAACCCAAACAAGCGCCAGAGACAACCUGCUCUGCUGGGCGACCACCCCCCUGAUUAUGCAGGUUACCACGGCUAUGAUGAGAGCUACGGCUCCCCUCCCUAUGAGGGUCGACGCAUGGGUCCACCCAUGAGAGGGCGCGGAGGAAGGAGCUAUGGGCCCGGAUACGGACCUCCUCCUCCUCCGCCUGGCGAGUACGGGGCCCAUGCGGAUUCUCCCGUGGUCAUGGUGUACGGACUGGAACCCGUCAAGAUGAACGCAGACCGGGUCUUCAAUAUCUUCUGCCUCUAUGGCAACGUGGAGAGGGUGAAAUUCAUGAAGAGCAAGCCGGGGGCAGCCAUGGUGGAGAUGGGAGACUGCUAUGCUGUAGAUCGAGCCAUCACUCAUCUCAACAACAACUUCCUGUUUGGACAGAAGCUGAAUGUGUGUGUGUCCAAGCAGCAGGCCAUCGUCCCCGGUCAGUGCUACGAGCUGGACGACGGCUCGAGCAGUUUCAAGGACUUCCACGGCUCCAGGAACAACCGCUUCACUUCACCAGAGCAGGCUGCGAAAAACCGCAUCCAGCACCCGAGCAACGUGCUGCACUUCUUCAACGCACAGCCAGACGUCACGCCGGAGGUUUUCUCUCAGAUUUGUGACGAGAUCGGUGUCAAGGUUCCCAUCAAUGUCAAAAUGUUCACAGGAAAAAUGUCCGCCCUCGACCCACCAGGUGGCGCUGCUCCCAGUGACCGCAGCGCUUCAGGUCUACUAGAGUGGGAGUCCAUCAACGACGCCAUGGAGGCUCUGGCCUUGAUGAACCAUUUCCAGAUGAAAAACGCAACUGGUCCGUACCCGUACACCCUCAAACUGUGCUUCUCCACCGUUCAGCACGCCAACUGAACCUUUUAGCCGGAAAGCUGAAGAUGGUCCGCCAUUCCCAUGUUCACUUGUAUUUAGACGUGACUGCUUGCAACAACAGACCUGGGAAUAUAGAUUUUCAAAAACGUUUUCUUUCACAAUGACGUUAAUCCCUGAAGUUCAAAUCCCUUAUAUUUGGUAAUAAGCAGAUGUAACAAGUGCUAUCACUUAAAGUUUUUGAUAUUUAUGCCCCAGAUGUGGUUAAUAGAGUAUCAGUACCUGUGUGUCUAUUAAGUUGUCCUUUUUACUUUUUGUAUUAUGCUUAUACAGUAGCCUGGGAGGAAGUGUGUGUGACGGACAUGGUUUUACGCUCAGGUGGCGCCGUGGCAGAAGGCAACGUGGUUUUUGUAAGAGCUGUCUUUUGAAACUUUUAUUAUGGCUCACGUUUCUUUUUUGUGUUAUUUUAAUUGCUGCCGAUUCAGUUCUGCAAGAGUUUUGUUCUAAGAAAAUAAAAAAAAUUCAAUAUAAAA